AUGCUUUCACGCAUCACUUUACUUGCUCUGCAAGUACUUGCAAUAUCUGCGAAGACCAUUACUUAUAAUUGGGAUGUGGACUGGGUGUCGGCGUCACCGGAUGGGUUUUUACGGCCUGCUGUGGGAAUCAAUGGACAAUGGCCCUGUCCUUCGAUUAUGGCGGAUGUGGGGGAUCGGGUGGUAGUGAAGGUCCACAACUGCCUCGUCAACGAAACGACAGCAAUUCAUUUCCAUGGGAUCUUCCAACAAGGCUCCAAUCAGAUGGAUGGCCCGGCUAUGGUUACACAAUGUCCAAUACCUCCGGGAGAAUCUUUCACUUAUGACUUCAUGAUCAAGCAAACUGGAACUUACUGGUGGCAUGCUCAUGUUGGUGGUCAAUAUCUCGAUGGACUCCGCGGCCCGCUCAUUAUCCAUGAUCCUGAAGCGCCUUUUGUCAAGGAGAUUGAUGAGGAAAUCGUCCUCACGGUCUCUGACUGGUAUCAUGAACAAGCUCCGUAUUUGAUCCAAUAUUUCCAAUCCGGACUCAACGAAGACCUGCACGGUGGCUCAGAGCCUGUUCCAAAUGCCACAUUAAUCAAUGAAGCGCAAAACGUGCAUUUCCCAAUUAAGCCAAACAAGUCCUAUCUUUUCCGCGUCAUCAAUAUGGGAGGAUUCGCAGCCCAGUAUUUACAGUUUGGUGAGCAUGACAUGGACGUUGUCGAAGUUGACGGAGUGUAUACCAAACGGCAUCGUGUCAGCCAGUUGUUUGUAGCGGCGGCUCAGCGUUACAGCGUCAUCGUGAAAUCGAAGCGAAACGCCACGCAGAACUUUGCUAUCACCGCCUCCAUGAACGAGGACAUGUUUGAUGAAGGAGUUAUUCCUGUUAACUUGAACCCACUCGUUACCGGGUGGCUCGUGUAUGACGAGACGAAGCCGCUCCCCCCGUCGCCUCCGGCGAUCAAUUAUGAUGGCAAGAGCCAAAAUGAUAUCAAGUUUAUUCCUCUCGAUAUGCAAAAGCCUCUUGGCCCCGUAACUAAGCAGAUCCCUCUCAAUGUGAAUUUCAGCCAGAACGUGCAGAACCAAAACCGUGGCUCCUUCAACAACAUCUCCUUCAUCGCGCCCAAGGUUCCAACCCUCUACACCGCGCUCUCCGCCCCAGCCGAGCUAGUCAAUAACCCCCUCAUUUACGGCAACAACACGAACCCCAUCGUCCUAAAAAUGGGUGAAGUCGUAGACCUGCUAAUUACCAACUACGACGGCGGCGCGCACCCCUUCCAUCUCCAUGGACACUCCUUCCAAGUAAUCGCUCGCUCAGGUGCCGGUCCGGACAACGGACCUCCUCUCACGAUCCCAAAGAACUACUCCAAAAACGCCCCCGACGCACCCUUGCGCCGCGACACUAUAUUGAUCUACGGCAACGGCUACGCAGUGAUCCGCUUCAAAGUCGACAACCCUGGAAUCACGCUUUUCCACUGCCACAUCGAAUGGCACGUCGAAGCGGGGCUGACCAUGGUAUUUAUCGAAGCGCCCACAGAACUCCAAAAACUGGGCCUGGUGAUCCCAGAUAGCCAUAAGGAUGUGUGUAACAAGCAGGGGAUCCACAUGAAGGGGAAUGCGAUGGGGAGGAGUGGGGGUAGCUGGUUGGAUUUGACUGGGACACCGACCCUGCCCGAUAUCGAUGAUUGGGGCGCGUUAAUUGAGUCUGCGCAGCCGACAACGGUGCCAGGCGCGAAUCCAGACCCUGUGAACCCGAAGGUGAGGAGGAGUAGGGUUGCGAGGUUUACAGAUAGUUGGGUGUAA